AUGACUGACGGAUCAUCACCAGUAAGAGUCGGAAUUGUGGGAUAUGGACAUUUAGGUCAAUUCCUGGUGGAUCGCAUACAGAAGGAAGGUCUCGAAGUUGGACUGAGUUUGGCUUUUGUUUGGAAUAGGAAUGCAAACAAACUUAAUGGAUCAGUCCCUAAUGAUCUCAUACUGACCGAGCUCUCGGAGUUUACACACAAAAAUGCUGAUGUGAUAGUGGAGGUGUGCCAUCCACAGAUCGUGAAAGAUUUUGGAGGGCGAUUCUUAUCACACGCACACUUCCUGGUGGGCAGUCCCUCAGCUCUCUCGGAUUCUCAGCUAAAUGAGGAACUCCGACUCACAGCCAAGCAGCAUGGACACACACUCUAUGUGCCAAGUGGUGCAUUAUGGGGCGGGCAGGAUAUACAGAGACUGAACGACAGUGGAUUAUUAAAAGCCCUAUCCAUUCGCAUGUCGAAACACCCCUCCUGUUUCCGGCUGGCUGGAAACCUGCUGUCUGAUUGGUCAGAAGGAGAAGGGAGGCGUGUGAUUUUUCAAGGCUCGGUAGCUGAACUCUGCCCCGUCGCCCCCAACAACGUGAACACCAUGGCGGCCGCUGCCAUCGCCGCAUCAAAACUGGGCUUCUGUGGAGUCACUGGAGAGAUCGUGUCAGAUACAGCUCUGGCUGAUUAUCACCUUGUGGAGGUGGAGGUGAGCGGGUUGGAUGGCUUCUCCGUGAAAACAGUGAGGCGUAACCCAGCCAAGCUGGGAGCGGUUACAGGCAGCGCCACCUACAGUUCUUUCUGGAGCAGCUUACUGAUUUGCAAAGGUCAUGGAGGAAGAGUCUAUCUGUGCUGAAAAGGAAGAGGACUGCUGCAGAAUAGCACACACUUACACUUUAACCUCAGUAACCAAAAGGAAAUCUUUUGACUUUUUAAAUAAAAGCUGUGGUUAUUUUGUUGGGGAACAGCCCGGUGUUGCUACAA